GUGUUAUUAUUUUUUUAAGAAAAUCAGCUCUAUUUCAUAUGGAUUAAACUUCCCAAUUAAAAUAAGGAACGUUGAUUUAAUUAAGACAUGUGACUACGAAAUAAUAUUUAAAGGGAACCAUUCAUUUUGUUGUAAUUAAAGGCUUUUUAAGGAGUAAAGAGCUUUAAGAUUACUAUUUGGGAACCACUCCGAAAGAGGAUGACUUCUAUACUUACUUCAUUAUUGAAAAAUACCUGCCCACUGAUAAUAAUUUAGAACUAGGGAGUAUUGUAUCGAUACAAAACUAUGGAUAACAAUAAUAUGUGAAUCUAAACCCAUCUAAAUAAUCAGAAGUUACCUAACAGGGUUAUGUAUGUCUCAGUUAAGAUAAACACUAUUUUGUUAUCCAACCUAAGAAUAAUAUAUUAACUAAUAAUAGCGACUCUAUUGACACUUCUAUAGCUUAAAAAUAAGUUAGAUUUACAUCUAUUGAUAAUGGAUAUAGUUUGCAUUCUCAUAUAGUUCCUUAUAAAUCCUAAAAUCUAUCGCAAUAUAAUGAAGUUUCAGGAGUUAAGGAUUGUGAUAACAAUACUUUAUGGGAAAUCCUUCCUGUUCAAGAGAACUUAAUCAAGAACUUUAUUCACAAGGUUCAAACUUAUGAAUAAAUUAAAAUAUACAACGGAGACAUCAUAAUAAUUAGGAAUCUUUUGACAGGAUGGACCCUACAUUCUCAUACAACAUGCUAUAAAUCAACGAAAUUAUAAGAAAUCUCUCUCUUCAGUUAUCCAAGAGAUUACAAUGACUUUUGGAUUAUUACAAAAUCCAACCUAAAAGAAAGAGAUGAUGGAAUAUUUAGAAAAAACGAUGAAAUUGUGCUUCGACAUAAUUAAACUCAAAAGUUUCUUUCAUGCUCAAAUAGAUAAUCAUACAGCCAAUCAGGAUAUUAAGUUUAUGGGUCUGAGUGCAGCACAAAUAUAGGAUUUCUAUUUGAAAAAUUCGAUAAUCAACCUCUGCAAGUCAAUCACCCAUUCUUAAUCAAACAUAGUACGAAAAACCUUUACUUAUCCUAAUCGAAUUUUCAGACAGAAAGCAAAAUAGGAAUUUAAAAAGAGGCUGUCUUUGUGUAAAAAGUCACUGACUUAUGUUUAUGGGUAGUAGAAUUAAGAAAACCAUGA